AUGGAAGAAUUAUCAUCAGUUGUUCCGGAAUGUUCUCUAGAGUUGGAGCCAGUUGUCGGCCAAAAGUUCAGCUCACUGGAUUUUGCAGUUGCCUUUUAUGACGUUUAUGCACGUGCGGGAAGGCUUAAAGUGGUCAUCAUAGGAGUCAGAUCAGAUGAACGCUCUAAGUGGAUUUACCAUGAAACAGAGACGGCUAUCGAAGAGCCGGUAGUCGGUCAGAAGUUCCAGUCGCUAGAAUUUGCUUUUGCUUUCUACGAUGUGUAUGCCCGGGCUGUUGGAUUUGAUACACGCAAGCAAGGAACAAGGAAGACUGACGGUGUUACUACUUGGUCUUAUGUGGUAUGCAAUAGGGAAGGCAGCAAGAAGUCAAACGGCGAUGACCAAUUGAAUGCACGGUCUGGUUUUUCUAUGAAACGUAGACGCUUAUCCAAGCGUUGUGGUUGUAAAGCAAGCAUUUCGUUCAAGUUCUUCUCUGAAGGAGGGCUUCCAGGUUAUAUUAUCCAGGAGUUCAACGAGGUGCAUAACCAUUAUAUGGUUGAGUCAGAGCAUCAACAGUUUAUGUCACUUAAUCGACAGUUGGAAGAUGUACACCACCAAUUCAUCCUUGACUGUUCGAAGGCUAACAUAGGUCCUACUCUUACGUUCAAGGUGAUGAAGGAAAUUCUCGGUAGAUUUGGUCGUGUUGGUUGCAAUGUUGGGGAUAUCAGGAAUGCUUCUCGAGACAUCAAAGCAUAUGCACAUGGGAUCGACGUACAAAUGGUGUUGGAUGAUAUGGCUAGGAAGAAGGAACUGUCUGACGCGUUCACAUAUGAGUAUGAAGUUAAUGAUAGUAAUAAGUUGGUGGCCCUGUUUUGGUGUGAUGGUUUGAUGAAGAGGAAUUACCAUAUGUGUGGUGAUAUUGUGGCGUUUGACUCUACCUAUAACACAAACAUGUAUUGUAUGAUCUUCACACCAUUCACGGGAAAGGACAAUCCUGGGAGACCCGUCACUUUCGCUGCUGGUUUGGUGUGCAGCGAGAAAACAGGUGCUUUUGCUUGGCUAUUCAAACAUUUCGUUGAAUGCAUGGGUGUUGCUCCAAAGAUGAUCGUAACAGAUCAAGAUUUGGUUCCGGGCAGGUUACUGAGGGACGAAAUUUCAAAAAAGAAUUCAAUGCCUGUGUAUGGUCGGACCUGCUUGAACUCGACGAAUUCGAGGAACAGUGGAAUGGAGUUGUGGAACAUUAUGGACUGGAUUGGUUGGUUCAACACGUUGUACGACUAUCGGAAAGUCUGGAUACCUGCAUAUUUCAGAGAUUUUCCACUUGGCUCCAUGAUCAGGACUACCUCGAUAUCUGAAUCGGAGAACAGCUUCUAUAAAAACUUUUUGAAGCCACGCGCCAACAUUGCCGAAUUCUACUUGAAUUUUAACAAUGCUCUGGAAUUUCAGCGCAAUAGUAGAACAAAGCUUGACUACCAUGAUUCAACUGCUCUGCCUAUCUUGGCCAUUGCCAUGCCAUUUGAGAAACAUGCUUCGACGAUGUUCACAGACAGUAUGUUAAAGAAAAUACAAGAAGAAAUUGUUGAGGGUAAUGAUAGAUGCCGAGUGUUGGGCUUUACUUCUACUGAUAUGGUGGACACCUACAAACUUGGAGACAACAAGCGCAAUUCGUACUUGUGA